UUCACUCGGUGUGAACCUUAUAGCAAAAUCUCUAAUUAAUUAAUCCCUAAACUAAUGGUUAAUUUUUUUAUUAAGUAACUAAAAUUGAAACUAAUCAUUGAUUAAGUUUAGAGAUUAAGAGGAGGGUGAAGCAGUUGCAUGGCAAAGGGUCGUAAGCCGACGACGACGAUGAGCAGAAGCGAUCGAUACCUUGGAAGCUACGGCUACGGUGACAGUCACGGUGCUUCCGUCACCGACGAACUAGAGCUCGCCGAGGAAGACAUCUGGUCACCGGCAGUCAUUCACGACACCACCGCCGAGACAGACGAGGCAUACCACGCGUGGAACUUACGCGCUACCUUGGGAAAAAACGGGCGCGUGGGAGGGUUGUCGCUAGCUUUCGAGGGCUCUUUGGCUGCGCCGCCGCCGAUCAUCGUGCAUCAGAUAAACGACGGAGACGAUGAAAACCGGAGGAAGCUAGCGUCGUCUGCGCCGGUAAACGUGCCGGACUGGAGUAAGAUAUACCGAGUCGACUCGGUUGAGUCGAUACACGAGUUGGGAGAGGACGAUGAUGAAGAGGAGUCUAGGAUGAUGAUGCCGCCUCACGAGUACGUUGCUAAGAGUCAAGCACGACGGAGCAGGAAAAUCGGAGGUGUAGACGUCGGCGCGUCGGUGUUUGAAGGCGUCGGAAGGACUCUCAAAGGCAGAGAACUAAGACGCGUUCGCGAUGCGAUUUGGAGCCAAACAGGGUUCUACGGCUAAAAGUAUAAAUUAAUUAAUACUUUAGAUUUCAAUUAAAAUUACUUGUUUUUUUGUUUGUUUGGUAAUAAUUAAAAUUACUUGUUUUUGUCAGUAUAGAAGUAAUUUUGUGAUUUUGCAUUUUUUUUUUUUGUUGUAAUGAACGAGGCCGAAAUUUCAAGUUCCUCGUAUGUUGUUGUUUUUGUCUAUAAGUAUAUAUUAAAUUGCAGAAAUAAUUUUGUC